AGAGACUGAAAUGUGAAGAAAAAGGGCAAUUUUUCCUCUUCCUCUGCACUGGUCUCACAUUUGGGCUUGCUGUGACAAAACGUUAGCUCCUAUAAGAAAAACAUGCAGACCAUGGGCGUCGUAAGACCUUCCUGAAGACUUUGAUAUGUUUUUUGUCUUUCUAGAUUAAAUAUAUUGGAGACACAUGCGAGUUUAAAACACGGGUCCCUUCUGCUUUUCUGACAAAAUCUUUACAGUCAAUGGUGAGCAGAGGUGGAUGUGACCAUGCUCAGAGGCUCACAGUUUAAAUUCUGUACGUCUCGAUGCUUUGACGAGCAGAAAGUGAAAGACAGAGCAAGUUACAAAGUCGCAAUACACACCCAUUAUAAUCUCAGAAGUUCUCCAAAUGAUCAGGGUCAUUGAACAGUGAUUGAUCAAAAACUAUAUCAUCUAUGAAAACACUCAUCAAAAUCGCUGACUUACAUUUAUCCAUCGUCAUAUUUCAGCCAAAGUCAAAGGUAUCUGCCUGGACCUUAACGACUGAACCUGAAACACAUCAUAAUAACGUUGUUCCUUUAACCAGUCAUAUUUCCAGUUGGUAUUUUUAUUCCUUCUCUGUGAUCUACGGACGUCAUUGGACGUCAGAGAACCGGUGUGUUUAAACCAAGCUAGCAGGACAUGUUCAUUUGUUGAGAGCUGCACAAGCAAAUCAUCCCCAUUAACAUUUUCAUAUUUGUUAAACUCACAAUGGAGGAAGGAGGAGAGGCCAUUGAUUUGGUUGCAGAUCUUCUUAAAAAGACAUUUUCAUGGUGGACUUGGAAAAGCUGGAUAUAUUCCUGGUUCUAGUUAACCUGACCCAACCUGGGAAACAUUCAGAUCAUCAAUAUGGGCAAUACGAGGACUCUGAAUAGUUUCUUAAGUUCAGUGACCUGAAGCUCUAAAUCAUCUGCAGAAACACCUGAAUGAUCAUUUGGUGAUAAAACUUGAUUCACUUGCUCCUUCUUCAUCGUGCAAAUCAGUCCAACAAUGGCCAUGGCAACGGAUACUAACACAUUGUCAAAAUUCAGAAGCAUCAUCCCAAAAUGUGAAGUGAUCCAAGAAGGAUCUCCUUCCUGCUUCAAGCUGACAACAAAGACAGAGCCUGUUGGGACUUUAAGAAGAGUGACAUUUGGUAGAAGAAAUGUGGACAUGCCCAAUAAGACCAUCUUACUCGUUGGUGAAACAGGAGCAGGAAAAUCUACUCUGGUCAACUUUCUGGUCAACUACAGCAUGGGAGUGAAGUUUGAGGAUGAUGUCUGGUUCGAUAUCCUAGAGGGGGAGGAGAAAAAAAGUCAAUCAGAAAGUCAGACAACAGAUGUGAUCGUGUACAAGAUCUUUGGUUUUGAGGGUCAAACUCUGCCCUACUCUCUGACCAUCAUCGAUACUCCUGGAUAUGGAAGCACUGAAGCAAUCGAACAUGAUGUCGUCGUCAAUCAAAGAUUGUUUGACUGGUUUCGGUCGGAGGAUGGAGUUCAUGAAGUGGAUGUUGUGGGUGUGGUGAUGAAGGCCACAGACAAUCGACUCAGUGACCGACUGUCAUACGUCUUUAAUUCAGUGAUGUCUCUGUUUGGAAAAGACCUGGAGAAAAACAUCGUAGCUCUCAUGACACAUUCAGACGGGCUAACACCUACAGAUGCCGUUGAAGCCCUUAAAGUCGCAACGAUUAAAUGUGCCAAAAAUAAUAAAGGACAGCUCGUUCACUUCGUGUUUAACAACCGCCAGCAUCAAGACCGAUCGCAGCAAAGACAAAGAAAGAAACUAGAAGAAGCACAUCAAAUAUCUGUUGAAGGAAUGAAGGGACUCGUUGCUUUCAUGGAAAAAACUGCUGCUCGGGAACUGAAGGAAACCGCGGAUGUUCUGAAUGAACGCAUCAGACUGACGGCCUGCAUCCAAAACCUGAACGACAGAAUUCACAUGACUGAAAUGAAACAGAGAGAGCUCAGACAGACCAAAGAAGCUCUGAAGAAACAUGAACAAGAAAUGAAGAUGAAUAAACAGUUCACUAUUGAAGUUGAUGAGGCCUACAAAGAACUAGAAGCUACUGAUGGGAGGAUGUGGGGACUGUUCUUCUUUGAAGGAGCUGUCUGUUGCACACAUUGUGAGGAGAACUGUCACUAUCCUGGAUGCACAGUGGCCUGGAAACCUGAACACUGUGAGGUGAUGAAGAAAGGCCGCUGUACCGUUUGUAGCAGGAACUGUCUGGCAUCAGCUCAUGUCAAAGACAAAUGGGUCUAUGUGGAAAAAACACGGAGGGUCAAGAAAACACUGACAGACAUGAAAAAUAGGUAUGAAAGCAAUAAAGCAGAAGCUGCAAAGAAAACCAGUCUUCUGAAAAAACUUCAACAAGAAAUAGAAAAUCUUGAAAAAGAUAAAGAGAAGUGGCUGGAGGAAGCCUACCAACACGUUGAAAGACUAGAGCUAAUUGCCCUGCAUGUUGAUUCAGUGUCCACUCAUGUCCAUUUGGGCUUCUUCAUCGAGAGGAUGAAAAUCAAAGGAUACACAGAGAAGUUUCAGAGGUUGAAAGAAAUGGCUCAACAAGUCAACAAACACCUCCAGAGUGGGAUCCAGUACGCUGCAAGAAUGUGGAGCAGGUUGACCAGAAGCGAUGAUGAAAUGAGAGACACUGAGGUCUAGACUCAGAAUAAUCUGCAGUUUAUUCAGUUUAUUUUAAGAUUAUACUAGUUCGAACCUACAGACAAGUUUAAGUGUUGAUUCAGAUGAAAUGUGUUAACUCUCAAUGAACAUAAUCAUUUUGGAUGUUUUUGUAAAUAUGGUCAAAGGUUUGUUUCAUGAAUCAUUUGAAAUGAGCAGGUAGAUAUUUCUGUUUUCAAUGAAUGAAAAUAAUCUGUAAUUUUUUUCACCGAUUUUACAAUAAUGUUACAGAUCAAUAGUUUAUUGUUACUAUUAAUUCCGCUUCCAACAUCUUGUAAAUAACUUGUGCAUUCCUGAUUAUCUUUCAUCAAGUUGAUUCAUUUCUGUCAUUAAGCCGAUGAGAAUGAAGCUGAAGAAUUAUUUCAUGAUUGUUGAAACAACCUGUCUGUGAUUUAAAACCUCAGAUUUCUGUCAAGUUCUGACAAAAUAAAUUAAGAAUAGUUUGUG